AUGAGACAGACGGAUUUUGGACCGAGUCGCAUCUCGAACCGUCGUCAUCACUGGGGGCGCUGGGGCAUUGGUGCCGCUGCAGCUAAAGUCUUCAACGAACAUGGUGCCAAUGUUGUUCUUGCUGACAUCCCCGCGGUUAAGGAUCAAGCACAAAAUGUGGUUGCAUCCCUACCUCAUCCCCACAAAGCAGCCUAUAUUCCUGUCGAUAUUCUCAACUGGAAACAAAUGAACGAUCUUUUCCAGCGUACUGUGGAAGUUUUUGGAGACAUCCACAUCGUGGUAGCUAAUGCCGCAAUUAUGGAAUCAACUGAAACACUGAGUAUGGAAAACAUGGAUAAUGAAGGAAAUUUGAGGGAGUCUGAAGAGGCUUUUCGUGUGAUCGAUGUCAACCUGAAAGGAACUUUGAACACUUUGAGACUGGGCAUGCAUUAUGUAAAGUCUUCAUCCAAAAACGAUACAAAACAACUGCCUGCUAUUAUUCUAGUGGCAUCGACGUCAGGAUAUUUCGGAGAUACAGGGGUCGCAGCAUAUGUUGCUUCGAAACACGGGGUAAUCGGCUUACUACGAGCAUCGCAGACAGCUGCACAGAAAUACGGCAUUGUGAUCAAAGGAAUCGCACCGUUUUUUACUCCAACUCAAAUCACGACAGGGUUAACGGAACAAUGGAAAGCUGCCGGCCUUGAAACCAACACUCCAGAGAUGGUAGCCCGUGCAAUUGUGCAGUCAUCCAUUGACGACACUAAAAGCGGAGCAUGUACAUUGAUCUCCGGGAAGUUCCAGCAGGAACUGGAGUUUACCAGGAACAGUGGUAUGCCACAAUGGCUGGGGGAAGAUUUGUCUCAAUUCAUGAAGCGUGCGUUUACCUUCCUCAAAGAUAUGGGUGGGCUUGCUCUGCCAAAGGGUUUGCCUGGGCGCAACGCAUGA